CUCGUAGGGGUCUCAAGGCGCCAAACGUCCUCAGGUGGUGUGAUGUAUGUAUCUAUCUCAGACCGACACUGGACUUUCUUGGCGGCCUCCCAUCCAAGUCCUGGGAUGUGAACAGAUAGGGCUAGCCUGGUCAUAAUUUUCAGCGGCAAAGUGUACUUCUAUGGAUCGGAAGCCAGCCGAAAAAGGACAAGGAGCGAGAAAAGCUAUCGCUGCUGUCCAGCCAGCGCCGGAGGAUGACGCCGCCAAGCCCGCUGCAGCCUCCAAGGGGAGAGGAAGAGGGCAGGAACCUUCUUCCGACUGCCCUGGCAAAGCCAAGACAUCGCUCGUGAACCAAGGGAAAGGAUCCGGCCACAGCGGGAAAGAAAGUGCCCCUAGGGGAAGGAAAACGUCCCUGGAGAACAGCACCCCCGGCGCCGAGAAAUGUGACCGCCCGGCAGGAAAAAGUGAUAAUCCCCCAGGGGACGAAGGCGCUUUGCAGAAGCGGGAGCGUCACCUCCAGGCGAAGGCGUUUGAACCGGAGAAGGCAGACGUUGCCUCGGGAGCUGUUUCCCGGGAGAAGAACCGUCUCCCUGAUGGGGAGAAAAAAGAAGCUCCCCAUCGAGGGAAAAAAGCGUCCCAGAAGGCGCGCCCUCCCCCAGCAAAGGAGCCGCCGGAGCAAGGAAGGGCCGAAGCUGUGCCCAGAGGGCCGCCCCCUCCACAGGGCAUCUCCUUGAGACAAGUGCUGGAAAGGCUCACCUUGCGCAGAGUAGAGAUUUCGGAUGCCUCCCGGCGGGUUAAUUCAGUUAGAGACCUUUUGGUGGAAGCCAUCAGAAAGAGGCUGUACUUAAGCUCUAACUCUGUUCAGAUAGUAGGCACCGGCAGCUACUACGAGCACCUCAAGAUAACUAAACCAGAUGAAUUUGAUAUUAUGCUUAAAGUGCCAGGAGUAAGAGUUGAGCUGGAGCCCUAUAAUGGUGGUGACUGCAAGGGUGUUUAUUAUUUUGUAAAACUGAAAAGGAACCCUGGAUUACAGCGACUAAAUGACUUCGUGGAUGAUCAGCAAUAUCUUUCAGCUUCCAAAUUCCUUUCAGAACUGCGGAGCAUUAUUAUAAAUGAAGUAAAGACUAUAAAUGGAAUGAAAGUUACUGUGGAGAGGAAAAAACCUGGAAGCCCAGCAGUUACUCUUCGAAUUGGAGAGCCACCCUCACAUGUAUCGGUAGAUAUCAUUCUUGCUCUGGAAAUGCCGAGUACAACCUUGGGCAGCAUUCGAAAGGGUGGACCAGACAUUAAAAAGUGGCUUGGAUUAAAACAACAGAAUGAACUGGACGAUAUGGAACUGUGCCUUGUGCCCAAGAAUGCUAAAGAUGGAGCACACUUCACAGACACAUGGAGACUCUCUUUUUCGCUUGCUGAGAAAACUAUAAUCCAGUAUCAUGGCCAGACAAAGACAUGCUGUGAAAGUAAUGGAAGCAAAUGUUGCAGGAAAGAUUGCCUUAAGCUUCUGAAGUAUCUUCUGGAGCAGCUGAAAACAAAACAUCAGAGCCGAAAUCAAUUCAGCAAAUUCUGUUCUUAUCAUGCCAAAACUGCCUUUUUCCACGCAUGUACCAAGUGGACCAGUGAUGAAGAAUGGCUCCCUAUAAAUGUAGAGGAGUGCUUUGGAAGACUUCUGGAUUAUUUUCUUGAUUGUCUUACAAAGGCUGAACUUAAACAUUUUUUUAUUCCUGAAUGCAACUUAAUCUGCACUGAUUCGAAGUGCAAAAUACUUAAAAAUGUAAUUGAAAGUGAACGAACCGCUAAAUUUCCAAUAUUCCAACAAAUAUGAACUAUCUAAAUUCACAAAAGGAUAUAAACCUAAUUGGAAGUUAUUUCUUCUAAACUUAAGCUCUAUAAAGAAAAAGGAACAAACAAAAUGAUUAUUUGUGGCAGGGUGAGAUGAGGGGCUACAGCAGCAGCAGGAAAGGGCUUUUUGAUUCCUCUUUGUCUCCUUAGUGUCACUGCACAGGUCACCAGUUUUUGUGUUGAGAACAAAGGGAAAGGUAGAAUGCCUGUUUCCUCUCUCUCCUGGCACUACUGAUACAUGUGCACACACUUUAUGCUUCAAACUUCUUUUAGAGCAGGGGUGUCAAACACGCAGCCUGCAGAGGGCUCAAAUCCAGCCCCUGAGCAACUUCCUUCUCCUGCUUUCUUUCCCAGGGCUGCUUCUGCAGCCACAUUGUAGCUUGCUUU